CGAUUUGCUGUGAGAAUGUGACUAAUUAUGGGAAGUAUUACAAUUUGAUGAUUCCAUAACCAUAAGAAAUUAAGAAUCAUUCCAAACUUAUCUCCCCUGAUGUUCAUCUACGUUAAUGGCUUAAAUGCAUUUGUAACUAUAAAAGUUGCUUACAAGAUUUAAUUUGCAGGCUACAAACUUGCAAAUUGAUAGAGGUACCAGAACUGGAAAAAUGAGUCAUAUUAAGGAUGCAGCAAAAGCCACCACUUCUGUUGAGAACGUUAUUUGUGUUGAUGUUGAAUAUCCUCAUCAACUUGCAUCAAAGAAUUAUGUUCCAUCGCGUAAAUAUGAGAGGAAUACUACAUUGGAACCAUUGUGUGGAACGGGAGUUUGGAAAGCUGUUUACUGUUUCUUCUUUCUCGGUUGUCUUGUGGCGGUGAUCUUCUUUAUCAUCGAUAUCAAUCGUCAUAGGUAAAUUUUGUCAAGAAUUUAAUUAGCUAGUAUACACUAAAUAGUAAUCAUGUAAUUACAUACAGUAUUAAUUAAUGUAUAGUUAUUAAUCUCUCGUUGUUGUAAUCAUGUUUGAUCUUUCCAGUAAUACAGUUGCAGUUUUUGUCUU